AAUUGACUAGCUGUGCAUCGUCACCCUGAUUCGGGAUUAAUGUGGAGCUCUGCGCGGCCUUCGUAUCUGUGCUGCUCUAAUCUGAUCUAAGCAGCUGGCAAGCAAAUCGCCAUGUGCAAGCACAUUUUGAACGCACAAGUAUCAGUGCGAGCGCCUUGCUGCCAGAAAUGGUACGAUUGCCCGCAAUGCCAUGCCGAAGGUCAAUCCCAUCGGCUAGCAAAGACGGUGGAGAUGGCCUUCAUCUGCAAGAAAUGUCGGAAAGCGUUUCGGAAAGAUAUGGCAGUCUUCGAAGAGUCGGACGAAUAUUGCCCACACUGCGAUAAUCACUACGUUAUUGAAGCGAAAACCCCGACACCAGUCGUUGGAGUAGAAGGGGAAGAUGCUCGGGUCGACAACAGGAUGAUCAAAGACGACCGAAGAAAAUGGGAUCCAAGAAAAGACUUCUUUGCGCGGGAUGAGUCUGCACAGGAAUCAGAACGAAUUGACGAAGGCGGUUGGCAAGGUGCGCUGCGGGAUCGAGCUGUGGCUGGAACAGCAGGAGCGCCGAUGGGUCUACAGCAGGAAAUAGCCGCUCAAUUAGAAAGCGGUGGAGGCGCUGGGGCGCUAGUGGAUCUGAACGACGAUGACUUAGAUUGGAGCUGAGAGUAGCAAAAUUUAAUGGUUGCAAUCCCCCGCCCGCACCGCUGCUCUUGCCUGCCGAUUGUUCACGAUUGUCGAUUUGUGACUCAAUUCAAGAGGAGAAAGGAAAUCUGGCAUCUAAAGGUGGCUGUGGCAACGGUCGCGCCUCUCCGACGCACAAAGCGAACCCUCUGCAUGGGCUGACCAAGCGGUUCCAUCCAGAGACUCUUUAUGGCUCGAAUCCCGAUGUGAUAUCAAAUGCGGGUCGCCAAAUUGCGUGCAAUACAG